GUCACGCGCUGAGGCGACGAGUUGGUCGGGGAGGUCCCGUCCAAAAACGCGGCGUUAAAACAUGGGCGGCGGACGGUGCCAACAUCGUGUUGAAGCUUCUGGAAAGGGAAAGGAGCUUUCGUAUGCCCCAAAACCCUAGCUUCCCGGGAGCCUGAAGGGAUCUCUCUCUCUCUCUCUCUCUCUCUCUCUCUCUGCUGAAAGGCCCUCCCUGUUGAGCAGCUUGAGUCUGAGAACGGCUUGAAAUUUUGGAUUUGAGGGGCGGGCCUUUCCUUUUGGCUUUCACUUCUUUGCAUAAGGGAUUGAACUGGUUUUUAUAUCAAAAUGGAUUGCAAGAGGUUCAUCCAGUUGGUUGAGGAGAAGAAAAAGAGGGCUCUUGAGAAGAAGGAAGCCCCCUUGAAAUGGGAGCAGAAGCUAGAAGCUGCUGCCAAGGCAAAAGCUGAAGCAGAAGCAGAAGCCAAAGAAAGGAAGCUGAAGGCUACAAAGCACAAGAGAAGAUCUGUCUCAGAGUCUGACAGUGAGAGUCAUAGUGACAACAGUGAAGGGAGAAAGAAGAUAGCUAAAAGGGUUCACAGGAAACAGCACAGGAAAUACCAUCACUCUGAUUCAGGAGACAAUGAAAAAAGGAAGGAGAGAAAAUCUAGGCAAAGGCCUAAGAAACGAUCCUCAAGCGCAAGUGACGAUAGCAGUGAUGAACUUGAGAGUGAGUCUGAAGGAGAGAGGGGAAGGAAGAAGCGGGUUCACAAGAAGCACAGGCGUCACAAUUCAAGAUCAGAUUCUAGUGAUGCAUAUUUCUCGAGUGAUGAGGAUGGUGUGGUAAGAAGAAAAAAUCAUGCCAAGUAUCGCAAGCACCAUCAGCGAUCAGAGUCUAGUUCUGAUUCAUCAAGCGAUGAAGAUGGUGCAACAAGAAAGAGAAACAAGACAAAGCACCAUAAACGACAUCGGCGAUCUCAGAGCAGUGACUCGGAAUCGUCUGAUUCUCAUGGCCAGAGAAUUAGACGGAGGAGCCGUUCUUUAGAACAGUCAUCAGAAGAUGAUCAUGAAAGAGUAGAUAAGCGACCGAGGCGGAAACAUUGUUGGCAUCACAGCCAGCAUCACAAGCAUGGGCAUCAUCAUGAUCAUCAAUCUGACAAGGAGAGAAAUAUCCAGCACCACAAUUCGGCAGAAACAAAUGGAAAGCCUUCAGAGGAUGCAGACAAGGUGAUGAAUGGAAGGACCAAAGCCCACCACAGUUGAAAUGCACAUAAAAAUUCCAAUCUCGGUGUACUGAUCCACUAACUAUAUUCAUUUUUUUUUUUUUUUAAGCUUUUACUCUGUUAUUUCCUUUUCCGAAUUGUGGUGUGGACUUGGGUAUGAUUUGCACUGAAAUCUGGUGGGUUUCUAGGAGUGUACUUUACUAGGUUGAUUGUAUGCAGCAACCGGCAGACUUGUAUG